AUGGGUAUUAAAAAUUUAUGGACAAUUUUCGCCCCGUAUUGUGAAAAAAAACCGCUGUUCGAAUUACACGGAAAAACCGUUGCGAUCGAUUUGUCCUGUUGGGUGUGCGAAGCUCAAAAUGUAACCGAAUACCAAAUACAUCCCCGUAUGUACCUUAGAAACUUGUACUUCAGAACUUGCUACUUGUUAUUAAUGGGAGUCGACCUGGUGUUCGUCCUGGAAGGUAAAGCCCCCGAAUUGAAAUACAAGACCAUAGCAGCCCGAAAUGCGCUGCAAUUUAAAGGAGCCAAACCGAAGGCAACGAAUUCAAAGCCUGGUAAGGACAGGACGAGAUUUAACCAUGUUCUGAAAAGCUGCGAAAAAAUGCUGAAUUAUAUGGGUCUGUCGUGCAUCAAAGGAGAAGGCGAAGCCGAAUGUCUUUGUGCUUAUCUAAACAAAGAAGGCUUGGUUGAUGGGUGUAUUUCACAAGAUUCCGAUUGCUUCGCAUAUGGAGCAAAAGUGGUUUAUCGUAAUUUUUCAAUAGCAUCCCAAGGAGCUCAGGCAUCCAGUGGCGGAGCUGUAGAUAUUUAUGAUAUUAAUAAAAUAUAUAAAGAAAAAAACUUUGGUAGGAAUAAAUUAAUCGCAAUGGCUUUGCUAUGUGGAAAUGACUAUACAGAUGGAGUACAUGGAGUAGGAAAAGAAUCGGUUCUAAAAUUAUUCGAACAUUUGCAAGACGACGAAAUACUAAAUACACUUCGAUCGUGGAGAAAGGAAACUGAAAAAUACGAUAAACUAGAGAAAAGUAUCAACGAUAAGAAUAUUUGUAAGUCCUGCGGACAUGCUGGUAAACUCCAAAGUCAUAGUAGAAAUGGUUGCCGUAUUUGUGGGUUAGCGAAAGGUUGCGGUAAUGAGGAAUACAAACGAGAGCGGCAAAAAAUCACGAAUGAACUAUCAAUAAGAAGUAAAGCUUUAGAAAUUGCCGAUUUUCCUAAUGAGGAAUUAAUCCAAGAAUUUCUUGUAUCAAAAGAUAAUGUAACGCGUUUAGAUUUGAAAUGGAGACAACCGGAUUUAUUGAAAUUUCUGGAAUUCGCAACGAAAUAUUUGGAAUGGGAUGAAAUUUAUGCUUUCGAAAAAUUACUUCCAAUUUUAACGCGCUGGCAAUGCUUAAAUUAUGAUACUUUAAAGAACUUAAAAGGGAUUGUACAACCAGAAUGUAUUAAAAAAAUUAGAAACCCUAAAGGCAUCCCUUCAUAUUUAAUAGUGUGGGUAGACCGAGAUGAUUGCUACAAGGAUAUAAUACCAAAAGAACAAAUUGAAGAAUCUAAAUUAACACUCGAACAAUUAUGGAGUACCGUAGAGCCUCAAAAUUUAGUCGACAAAGCCUAUCCGGAAUUAGUCGAAACGUAUCGACAAAGCAAAAUUAAACCAAAAGCGACGAGAAGGAAAAAUAAAAAUAAAAACUUGGACGAAAUUAGCGAGAUGCUAAAAGAAUGCCAUACUAAUGCAACUAAACCUAAGCGAAUACGACAAACUAAAAAAUCGAAAUCUAGUAAAGGGGAUAGUCUAAAACAAAACUCGUUGGACGAUUUUCUAAAACAUCAAAAACCAGCUAGUAAAGUUACUAAAGAUUUAGAUGAUUCUCUAUUUGAUGAUGAAGAUAAUAACGAAGAUCUUUCCCUAAUCAUAGAAAACAUAAUAUCCAAAACCCCAUCGAACUUAAAAAAUAUCAACAUUGCAAAUUAUCUUACAUUUGAUGAAGACACUGAAGAGCCAAUUGAAAAUACUGCAAGUAAUCGAACAAGCUUCUUCGUUUCACAUCCAACAGAAGAUGAUAUAUUUGAAAAAUCCUUCCAUGAACUAAAAUACAACGAUGAAGACACCAUUCACUACGAAUAUAAUGAAUUGGAAUACAAUGAUGACAAUAAUAAGGGAGAUGACAGUUUCUCUGAUAUCAUUUACGUUCCUUUACUAGAACGAUUAAAGAAAAAAAUGUAA